ACUUCUAUCUCUGUAACCGCUUCUUCCAUCGAGGCGCGGUUGCGCAGUUGCAGUUGCGCUCAAGGUUUCCUUGAUCGCGCCGAGUUUAAAUCAGUGUUUCUGAGUUUGAAGAAAGAAAGAUUUCCAUUAAUGAAACAUUUUAAAUUUAAUUGUUGUUUAGUUGUUGACGGAAGAGUUUGUUAGAGGAAGGAGCUUUGAUUCAGAUAGUUCUUUUCUUUGCCUUUUUUGUAUCUUUUUUUGUCUGUUUGCAACUUUGCUAGCUGGUUCGGUGGAUGGAGUUGGUGGAUGAAUCGAUUUUUCUUGUCCUACUUUUUAAAUAUUUUGUGGCUGUUGGUUGAUUUUUCGUCGUGUGUUUUAUAGUCGAAUCCGAUCCGGGGGAUUAGAUUCUGGAUUUUGUUUCCGUUUUGGCUUUAAUUUGUCUUUUUUUCUGUGUUUUUUCCUUGCUUUUUCAUUAGUUUUUGGUUCUUCUUGCUUUGUACGUAGCCACUUUUUUCAGAGGAUGAAAAGCGAGAAAAAGCAGGCCUGCAUAGAUUGUUUUAAUUUCUGAGCUGAGGAUGGAAAGAUGUUGGAUGGUUUUUAUAUUUGCUGCUGAGAUGUUCCAUGACUUGCAUGAAGAGGUAAUUGCUACUGCUGCAAGAGGUCGCAGUCUUAUAUCGCGUGUUCAACAGCUUGAGGCUGAAGUUCCAGCUCUUGAGAAAGUUUUUUUGACACAAACUCAUCAUUCAUCAACUUAUACAAAUGAAGGAAUUGAAUGGCAUCCUAAUCUUCGGUCUGAACACAAUCUUGUUACCCGCAGAGACUUACCCCGAUUUAUAAUGGAUUCAUAUGAAGAAAGCCGUGGUCCUCCAAGAUUGUUCCUUCUGGACAAGUUUGAUGUUGCUGGGGCUGGGGCAUGUCUGAAGCGUUAUACUGAUCCAUCGUUCUUUACAGUGAAGUCUGCUUCCUCUGGAACAGCAACAGCAGAAGUUCAAAGGGAAAAGAAAAUUCGUAAAAUUGAGCAAAAGAAAGGAACACGACUGAAGAAUGGUGAAACCCCAGAAGUCGUACCAUCGCAUGCAAAACUGCAUGAGUUAUUUCUCGAGGAGCGUAUUGAGAAUGCUUGUAGGGACCCUGCUCGUCUGGUAAAGUUGAAAAUGAAACAGUUGAAUGGAUCUGCAGUUGAAAAAACUGGGAAAAGUUACAUGGGGAAAAUUCUGGAAAUCCACUCACCUGAUCAUAAACUGGUAUGUGAAACUUCAAUCAUUCCACAGCCAGGGAAAUUGGUGUUAGAUGAUAGUGAAAGUGGGAUUAAAACUCUUGAAAUCAGUUGCAUUGCUCCGUUGAAUAGGUCUUUGGGAAAUGAAAACUUGCGUUCAACACCAAAUGAGCAGAAACUAGAACUGAACCCAUACACAGAAAUGUAUAGGGAGACAGGUGGAUAUAUGGUGGAGAUGAAUGAACAAAUCUCUGGUGGUGUAACAGAGGAAAUGUCUUCGAAUUAUCCCAAUGUAAUUGAUGAAGAAGAAUUGGUACUUGAUGAACUAAAGAAAAGAGAAUGUAGCUUAGUUAGCUACCACUCUGAUGAUGUGACUAGCGAGGUUGAUGAUUAUAUGGAUGCAUUAGCUACCAUGGAGUCUGAAUUGGAAACAGAUAAUGAGUAUGGACCUAUGAAAAGCUUAUUAAAUGUUCAAAACUUAACUGAUUCAAAUGGAAAAGAAGAGCCUCAAAUGCAAGCUCAGUUUUCAGAUUCUCAAUCAUUUGGAGACUCUUCAACUUCUGAAGAAAAUAGUUCUUCUGAACAAGAUAGAAUUGGAGAGCGUAAUGAAGCACAUGGUCUGUUAGAUUUUCCUUCAACUGGAACCUCCUGGGAAUCCGAUGAUAAUUGUUCAUUCACAAGAGUUAGAAAUGUAGAACAUUCCCAAUCACAAGUGCAGUUUUCACAUUUUCAAUCUAUGGAAAACUCCACAUCACAGAUUGAAGAUAUGCCAUCCAACCAGCUUCUCCCAACUUUUGAGUGGCAAACGACUUAUUGUCGUGAGUUUGUCAUGAAUGAUGAUGCCCAUGUUCGGGGUGAAGCGAUUUCUGAUUGUAUACCAGUCUCUUCUGGCCUGAUAGAUUCUGGACAUUCAUUAAUGUCUUAUGAUCUUGGAGCUGCCUCACCAGCAUCCUUACCUGCACAGAGUCAAUCGGCUGAAACACCAUCCGGCCCUGCUGAACUUCAUUUAAGAAUAGAAGAAGAUGAAGAAAAGGAGUGUCUUGUUGAAUCUAUAGUGACCAAACCUGAGGCUCUCUACCCAAUAAGAGAUGAUGCUUGCCCAGUGGUUUCCUUUGAUAACAAUCCAUCGAACAAUGUGAAUGUCUGUGAUCCUUAUGUCCAUUAUAAUGCUCUGUUCCAAGUUUCUAAUGAAUUGAACUUAGCUAAUGAAAGUGAAUGUGGUGAUCAUUCUGAGAUUGAAGUUAUUCAGGAAGAAUCUCUUAACGAAAACUCUUCUGAAAUGUUGGGUAGUGAAUAUGUUGAUAUUCAUGGGGAGGAUCCGAUUUGCCCAUCUGUGGAAGUAGACCUGAAUCCAAGCACUAAGCUGUUGCUUGAUGGCCGAGAUUUAAAAUCUGAGGACGAUAUUAUAGCUACCCAAUUGAACUCAGAAGAUCUGGUUCCUGCUGCGAAGACUAAACCAAAGUGUAGUUUUACAAAGGAGCUAGGCUUAGAUUUUACACACGGAUACAAACCAGAUUUACCAGAAAUUGAAGUUCUGCAUGUUGAUCAACAAGGAAAUUUUGAACAGGUGCCAAGUAUAUUGGGUGGCCAAGAAAUAAGUGUAUCCACCUGCAGUUUGGAUCUAGUUGAAGAUGAUGGCAAUAGUGAACAUCCGUCUUCAGAUAUAAUACCAUCUCCAAUGAGUAAUCUUACAAAGUUGGAAGAAUCUCUUUCUAUAUUUGCAGAUCCUCAUGAGGAAGAAAUGAUAGUUAGUGAGGCGGAUAGUAGAGAAUCUUUGACAGAAUUAGCAGCCCAGAAGGUAGUGGAUCACGUAGAUAUUGCUUCUACUGAAUUUCCAUCAGACAUGAACAGAUCAGUUCCAUGCGAUCCUCCUGAUUCUGGAAUGUGGAAUAAUAUUCGGCAUUCAUCUCUUGAGAAAAUCCAAUAUAGCUCUUCGAUCUAUGACCUGAAAGCAGUGCCUGUUUGUUUGGAGCUAGAUCCUCAAAGGUCAUCUGAUCAACGAAUUAACCCAACAAAACAUGUCAUGGAUCCAUUAGCACCACUUAUCUCUGGCUUCUUACACAAGGCAACUAAAAACAAUCUUGAGGAGAUGCCACCUAUGCCCCCUCUGCCUCCAAUGCAAUGGAGAUCGGUUAAGAUUCAACAUGCUUCCCUAGUUACACAGAGAGAAGAAGCAAGUCUAGCCUCACUCCAACCGAUACAGCCAAAUACACCUGAUGAUAAGUCUCAAUUUGGUUUAUCUACUUUUGAAAAAGAGACCCGGCCAUCUCAGAAUCUAUUUUUACCUGCCAUGGCUAUGCAAAGCAAUAAGCAUCAACAUUCUUCUGGGGUUUCUGUGGGAAUUUCAGAGCAUGCUGUUGCUAUUCCAUUUCAAUUUCCUGUAAUGUUAAAUGAAGCAAGUGGCCAACAGAGUUUCCUGGUACCAGAGCAAAGCCAGAUACAAAACCCUUUCUUAGCAUUACGGGACAGGCCUCGACUUGGCUAUGUUGUUCACUCUGAGGGAGAAAAAGCAUUGAAUUCAAGUCCACACUCAUCAAUGCUGCCUGCUGUGCAUGCUAUUUCUGGGGCUGAUUCUAUUUUUCAGCAAGAAAAACCAACACGAUCUCCAAGUCAGUUAACGGAAGGUGGCAGCUUAGAAGUUAAAACGGGUAGACCUGGAGAAUUGCAUUUGGUGCUACCUGAAGAAUGUCCUGUUUACCCAGAUGGGCCCCUUUCUCCGAAAGAGAAACCAGCAGAAACUCAGUUAAUGGAAGAGACCGGUUUAGAAGUUAAAAUUUCAAAGCAGUCUUCAAUGAAUCUGGAAGGGAGGAUGGAAGAAGAUACUUCAAUCUCACCCUUGUCGCCUCCCAGUUCAGGAAUUGGGCAGUCAAAGCACAGUAUGCCGCCUUCAGAGGGAGAAAUGGCGUUUCCUUUGGAUACAUCUGGUCAGACUGACAUGCCAUAUGGAAAACCAAAGAAUAAGCGUGUUCUUCCCCAAGAUCCUGUAAUUGACCCUGUAGCUGCUCUUGACAAAAGCCGGCUGAGGAAGGUCACUGAACGGGUUAUGGCCCCCAGAGCAGCAAAGGGAGAUGAAAGAGACUCACUGUUAGAAAUGAUAAGAACGAAGUCCUUCAACUUGAGGCCUGCAGCGGUGAACCGACCACCCAGCAUAGGGGGUCCGAAAACGAACUUGAGGGUUGCUGCCAUCCUGGAAAAAGCAAAUGCAAUUCGUCAGGCAUUGACCGGAAGUGAUGAAGAUGAUGAUGCAGAUAGUUGGAGUGACUCUUGAAUUUUCCACAGAAUGAAAACUUUUGUAACGAGUUUUUCUCCCAUGUAAGGAAUAGGAAAGGUACGUGAUACAGUCCUACAGAAGAUUCUUUAUCGUGCACUAUAUUCAUAGAGAGCACAUGUUCCCUAGUCCUCCCAAUGCACACCUAGAUGCAUGAACAAUGUAGAAGGCAUAUGGCGUAGCAUCAAUUUCAGAGCUUUUUUCGAAGGUGAAAUUCACUUCACUCAGAUUCAGGCUCAGCAUGCAACGCAGUGUCAAACAACAAGAUCAACAAUUCGCUUUUCUCCUCAUAUAAGAACGUGUAUAUUUGUGUUGUGCUUCCUAUAAGGUUUUGGUUAAUCGAUUUUGUAAUCCGUUAUGUAGUGGUUUUAUCAUAAUUGUCUCAUGCCAUGUAGCUGAUGUAUCUGUCUUAAAUACAAUAUACACAAUAUAUAUAUAUAUAGAGAGAGAGAAUUUACUGGUUAUGUAUUUGUU